AUGAAGCCGCUCAAUGACCCGGAGAGCGCGGUGAAGCCGUCGUACUGCCGCUUGGUGCUACACUAUCUGGAAUGGCUGGCUGCUGUCGAAGAAAUGGCGAUACUGGACGAAAAAAGACGUGAAUAUUCACUAAUUGGACAUGAAUUCACCACUGGGCUCUUGGAACGUUGCGCCGAAUGGCAGCGAUCAGUUUGUCAGAGAUGGAUGGGACAUAAAGUCAUUUACUCAGUUCUGUUCAUAAAGCUGGAGUUGACGACGAAACAGAUGAUUCCUACUAUACUUCUGACCAUAUCCUUCAACACCUUCAAGUACGACAGCAUCAGUUUGCUGCUCUGCAACGGUUUCUUCUUUCCUCGAAAACGGCGGCAAUCAAACGAUGGAUUUCAUGCCGAUAUAGAGGUGGUAGUGAACGAACUGGAAAGGAACGUUGUAAAUCGAUUCCGAGAGCUCAACGUGUGCGAGGAGGAGUAUGUACUGCUGAAACUAGUCUUUCUCUUCAGUCAUAGUGAGUCAAUUGCUAAACUUGCAACACUAAAUGAUCAAGGAGCGAUGGCGGUUCGGCGCAACUUGAUCCAUGAGAUUAAACGGAUUUUCGACCUCACAAAGAAAUGUUGGACAGGACAUUUGUCGAGUUUGAUGAGGAAAGACUGA